CCGCCCGCCGCCGCCGCCCUCCUGCGCGCCGCGCCCCGCCUCGCCGGCCUCCCGCGCCGGCCCCGCGCCCUCCUCCUCCUCCUGCUGCAGCCGCCGCCCGGCGCCGCCAUGCCCGGCCCGGCCGCCGGCAGCCGGGCGCGGGUGUACGCGGAGGUGAACAGCCUGAGGAGCCGCGAGUACUGGGACUACGAGGCGCACGUCCCGAGCUGGGGCAACCAGGACGACUACCAGCUGGUUCGAAAGCUCGGCCGAGGGAAGUACAGCGAGGUCUUUGAGGCCAUCAACAUCACCAACAACGAGAGGGUCGUCGUGAAGAUCCUCAAGCCAGUGAAGAAAAAGAAGAUAAAACGCGAGGUUAAGAUUCUGGAGAAUCUCCGUGGUGGCACCAACAUCAUUAAUCUGAUUGACACUGUCAAGGAUCCAGUGUCAAAGACCCCUGCUUUGGUGUUUGAGUACAUCAAUAACACAGAUUUUAAGCAACUGUACCAGAUCCUGACAGACUUUGAUAUUCGGUUUUAUAUGUAUGAGCUGCUUAAGGCCCUGGAUUACUGUCACAGCAUGGGAAUCAUGCACAGGGAUGUCAAACCCCACAACGUCAUGAUAGACCACCAACAGAAAAAGCUGCGGCUCAUAGACUGGGGUCUGGCCGAGUUCUACCAUCCAGCUCAGGAAUACAACGUCCGUGUGGCCUCUAGGUACUUCAAAGGACCAGAGCUCCUUGUGGACUACCAACUGGUUCGCAUCGCAAAGGUCCUGGGCACAGAUGAGCUGUAUGGGUAUCUCAAGAAGUACCACAUAGAACUGGACCCACACUUCAAUGACAUCCUGGGCCAGCAUUCCCGGAAGCGCUGGGAGAACUUCAUCCACAGUGAGAACAGACACCUGGUCAGUCCUGAAGUCCUUGACCUCCUGGACAAGCUGCUGCGAUAUGACCAUCAACAGAGGCUGACUGCCAAGGAGGCCAUGGAUCAUCCCUAUUUCUAUCCAGUGGUGAAGGAGCAGUCCCAGCCCAGCUCAGAAAAUGCUGUGCUCUCCAGUGGCAUGACAACAGCACGAUGAGGACUGGAAAACGACGGGUAAUUCAAGAUGUUUACAAAUAAAAGCAAAACCUUCGGUCACACAGUGAAGGGAAAAGAACCAAGGACCCCCCCCUCCUUUCCCUCCCCUUUAUACUCGGCAGAAAUCUAACCUUGGGGGGGGUCUUAAACCUCAGUUCCUCUCUGGUGGUUGUGGUUAAUGUAACUCUAACCCUGUGGUACCAAAGCCCUGGGCAAAUGGUCUUGCAAGAGCUAAAUAUGUAGUGAUAUCCCCAGGGCUCCACACAACUGAUUCUGGUUCACAUCUCUAUGGAUCCUUCUCUUCCUUCUCAGUCCAGCCUUCCCCACCAUGCUGGUGGGGACAGUGGGGACAAAUUGGUCGUUCUACCAUCAGCCCUUAGCAUGCCUCUUUCUAAACUUGCCUUUCUGACUUGUAGACUCUGAAUGAACCAAAUUCAGGCUGGGGGUCAGCAGGUGCAACUCUGUUUUGAGGUCCAAGUCUUUACUGCUCACUCUGGGCUUGAAUUUGGCCCUUGAAUUCCAGUUUCAAUUGUGAAUGCCGGGGUGGUUGGGGGGAGGGGGGGCAGUUUGACAAAAAACAACCCACAAACCCAGCAGCAUCUCGGGAUUGGUUUGGAGCAUUAAUACAAAGGCACUGAUCCGAGUUGCUGGGGAGAGGAGUUUCCCCCCUCCAGUGUGUUUGACAAAGGCUCGCUCUGAGAAGAAACUCAAUAGACCUGCUUUGGAAACUUGUGAAUGUGAGGGCUGCUCUUGUGGCAGGAGAGGGGAGGGACUAUCCAGACUUUCCCACCGAGCUCAGGAAAGUCAGUGUUGCAAGAUUUCUUGUGAUAGGUGUGCAACCACGUACCUCAUGACGUGGCUCCCAUGAGAAUUCGUGCCAGACGCAGACUUAUGCCAGAGCACAGCUCUGGAGCGGUUCAAUCCAGCACCGCAGGAUGGAGGAGUGGAGAGGAGGCCAGGGAGGAGAGCACAGGGAGGGGGGAGGAUCAACAAACAGCGGCGUCAGGGCAGGGGCUGUGCAGCUGCUGAUCCAGGCCUUGGGAUCCCACGCAGUGUUUGAACAAAGUCAGCCAUUUGUUGAAUUCUGGGGUGCCGAUCCUGUUGGGGGGUGGGGGGUUCGUCUUAUGGGUUCUUUCAUCAGAUCCCUCGAUGGCUUUAUAGCCCCACAAUUCACAGUUGCCUCCUCUACUUGUUCUGUGUGUAACUUCAUCAAGUGGUUCUGGUGACACUCAAACCUAGACGCUGGAGAUAGUGUUUUCCCACCAGCACCUAAACACAGAAUUUCCUUCUGCGGCAUUGUUGAAAUAGUUAAUUUUUUAUAAGGUUGCAAUGUUUCUAUUUGAAACAUCUGUUUACAUUCCAUAUUCCAAUAAAGUUCUAUUGGCAUCGACAGCAGGUCAAUCCAUUUGUAUAAUUCACUGAAACCAAUAAAUAUCUAUACGUCUGAA